AUGGAGGAAGAAGGCACUCUAAUACAAGGAGAUGGCUCCUACGGCCUUUACAUCAGAGAACAAUCAACAUCUAGCAUCCCACUAGUUCUGGUGACUGAAAAUCAAAAUAAGUCUUUUUAUAAACUUGCAAUGGAAGCAGGAGUUCCUGAAAUCAGCAUACAUAUGCCUGCAAUUUGCCGUAUCUGUUUCGAUGAGGAUGUCAAAGCUGAGCAGAUGUAUUCUGUUGCUUUAUGUGGUCACCAAUUCUGUGUGGAUUGCGUUAAACAACAUAUAGAAUCGAGGCUACUCGAGGGAUGUGUACCGAGAUGUCCUCAUGAUCAAUGCGAGUAUAAGCUAACAUUUAGAAGCUGUGCUAAUCUUUUGACACCUAAAACUAAAAGCGAUAGCUCUAUAUAUCUUCUACUCAAGACACUCAAGUUAGGAGAUGUUGUGUCAAAUGCGGUGAACCCUUUUGCAUCAACUGCAAAGUUCCAUGGCAUAGUGACUUGUCAUGCGGUGAUUACAAGAGGUGUGGCUAUUCGUUUUGCUACACAUGUGGUGCCGAAUGGAAGCAAGGAGGUUGCACUCACCGCUUAG